AUGGUGGAUUUUCUGACAAGUGCUGGUGUAGAGGUGGUGGAUUCGGGUGGCGGCGGCGUCGAGGAGGGCAGCGAGAGGUGGCUGCGUGUGGUUUGUGGGCUGUUCACUGGUGGUGCGGAUUAUGGCAGUGGUGGUGGUGGCUGUGGUUUUCGUGGUGUUGAUGGUGGUGGUGUUGGUAGGGGUGGUGGUUGUUUUAGUGGUGGUGGCAGUGGUAUUGGUGUUGGUGAGGGUGGUGGUGGUGAUGGUAGAGGUGGAGGUGGUGGUGGUGAUUGUGAUCGUUAUGGUGGUGGUGUUGGUGGUGAAGAUAGUAGUCAUGGUGUGGUAAGGGUGGUGAUGGUUGUUCAGGUGGGUUCAGGUUGGUUCAUGGUUCAAGGUUUGACAUCCAGGGUUGAGGGUUUAGGGUGUAUGGUUUAG